GACAGUUUCUAUAAUAAAUAGGUUAUGUUCCCGAAUGACGGACGGUGAGAAAGCCACGUAUAUAAAAUGAAUGAAAAAAGUACUAACACCGCCUUGGUUCGACGAGUAAAUAAGUUACUCGAAUCAAGAGUUGAACAUGAUAAGGAUACACUUGAGGCUUUAAAGGAAUUGUCCACGUUCUUUACGGAGAACACGUUAAAUGCUCGCCGAAAUUUACGCAGCAAAAUAGAAAGGCGAAGUCUAGCUAUAAACGAAGAAUUUCUCUCUGCUUUUAGAGAAGUUAAAGCUUCUUUGGACGAUAUAUAUCAAGACGUUUUAGCUAUGAACACAACUGUACAAUGUAUGACAAACCGUUUACAAACUACUAAAACCCAAACAUCCCAGCUCAUUGAAGAAACAACAAAACUUCAAAGUAAAAGUCAAACUCUGUCUAUGCAACAAGAAGUUGCAAAUGCAUUUAGUAAAAAUUUUCAAUUGAACCAGUCUGAAUUAGCCAUUUUACAUGGAUCCACCAGGGAAUCACCUAUUACAGAAGAUUUUUUUUCUGUAGUUAAUCGUGUUCAGGAGAUCCAUAGUAGUUGCAGAAUACUAAUGCAGUCAGGGUACCAAACAUUGGGUUUGGAUAUUAUGCAAAGAAUGACACUAUUACAGGAAGCAGCCCUUGAAAGAUUGUAUAGGUGGACACAGAAUCAGUGUAAAAAUAUUGAAAAUGAGCGCUUAGCACCACUGCUAGUUAAAGCAAUGAAUAAAUUGCAAGACAGGCCAGUUUUAUUUAAAUAUAUCUUAGAUGAAUAUUGUGCAGCAAGAAGAACAGCAUUAGUAGGAUCUUUCAUAGAUGCAUUAACAUUGGGAGAGGGGUAUGGUGGGACACCAAAUCCUAUUGAAAUGCAUGCAAAUGAUCCUAAGAGAUAUGUUGGUGAUAUGCUUGCUUGGUUGCAUCAGGCUAUCCCUGUUGAAAAGGAAAAUAUUUUAACUUUGGUAAAAGGCUGUGAUAAAACAGAUGUAUCUGAUCAGAUUAAACAAUCUUUAAGUAAUAUCACAGAGGGUCUUUGUCAUCCUUUAAAGUCAAGAAUAGAACAUGUUGUCGCUAUGGAUGGACCAGCCACAGUAUUAUAUUCAGUUACAACUCUUCUCAGAUUUUACCGUGCCAUAAUUCAGCAAGUAAUACCAGAUAGUACCUUGGAUUCAACAUUAGCAGACUUGUUAAUACUCAGUGAGAAAAGUUUUCUUAGUAGACUGCAGAGAGAAACACGGAUUGCACUUGGUGAACGUGCAGAGCCCCCGGGAACUGAUUUAGUACCGGCUCCAUCCGUUUCGAGAUUAUUAGCUCUUCUUAAUGAAAUACUCUCUGUAGCAAGCAUUGCAGAAGAUAGAGAGAAGGACAUGUUACAAAUAGUAUCAUGUAUUAUUGAUCCACUUCUGCAAGAAGUGAAUGAAACUGCAUCAAGAUUACCUACAGUAGACAUGGCUGUGUAUCUACUGAAUUGUAUGCAUCAAAUACAGUCUACUUUAGCAUUGUACGAAUACAUGGACCAAAGACUAGAAAGAUUACAGGCCCAAUCUGACGCACAAAUUGACACUCUCGCAUCAGAACAAGCUAGUUCUUUAGUAGCACAUUUGAAUCUUGGUUCAAUCUACACAAUUUUACAAGGCCAUGAUCAAGGCCCAUUAUCUUCUGUUCCUGGCAUGGAUCCCUUGAGUGUAAAAGAAUUUACAAACAAGCUGGAAACUUUCUUAGUGAUGCCAGAUGUACUAUUACUACCACAAAUAAGUCUGUUACAAAGCAACAAUCAUCGUUUAAUAACACAGAAACGAUCUUUCGAAGUAAUUGGUGCUACUUACAAGCAACUGUAUGAAGCCUGUCAUAAUCCAAAAAAUUUAUAUCAGAAUCCAAAUGGACUCUUCUCAAGGACACCAGAAGAUCUUUUACGAAUACUACUUUCCGAAUGAAUGUACAAUAAAAAAGCUA